AUGACGGGUACAUUCAAAUGGCACUCAUGCUCGGGAGAAGACUUCCCGCUAAAGCGGUACAAAGUACCCAAAGCUUGCAACAUAUGUCGAGCCAAGAAGAUGCGUUGCGAUGGCAAAUUGCCUUGCAGCCGAUGCAAGCAGAAUAAAUAUCCGUGCAAUUAUGACGGAAAUACCACCAAAAAUAGGCCGACGGUGAAGAAAGCAUCUUUGAACGGUAACACGACGAUGACGACCACGGCGUCAAAUGACCGCACAUCGCCCGAGGAUACAUCAAUGAAACGCGAAACAUCAUCAUCAUCUCAGGAACGGUUUUGUCUUCGAUCGUUACGGAAACUGAAAACGCCCAACGAUCUGUUUGCUUCCAUUCGUUUGAAUAUCAAGCAGUAUUUAUCCAACAGUCAAGUGCAACCACUGUUGAUGGAUUAUUUUCACAUUACUACCAAACCUCCAUCCAUUUGGACGAAGUUCAUUCGUCUGUUCCGUAAAUGGCAUGCCUCGGGAUCCAUCAUUACAGACACCGCGUCCGAACUCAUCAAAGAAGUGAUGGCCAUUUUCAUGACCCAUAAUAGUCUGUACAGCACCUUUAUCGAUUAUCAAGAAGUCGCCGUCUUUCUCGAUCUGUCGCCGUUAUCCAUCCUGUUACCAGCUUCCAACGUGAACACCACCAUGGCCACCCACACCCCAUCGGAAGGUUCCGUUCCGAUCGUGGACAUGGCUCUGAUUUACAGUAUUUUCGCUCUCGUUUUUCUCGCCGCUUAUCAGACACUUGAAACUCCGGAAGAUCUGCUAAAGUACGCUUACGCUUAUUACCGGCAGGCGCAUCAACAGUUCCUCGAAGCGAGCUUCCCAUCCACCACUUCGCCAUCCCUUUCAUCCUCCUCUCUCCUCAAGCUAGCACAAACCUCCAUUUUAUUAUCCCAUUUUCAGUGUUCCGUGAUUUGCGAGGAACAGGCACUGAUCAUGGUCCGGAUAGGCUUAGGUUUUGUCCAACGAUGUGAUCUCCCGUCCGACAUGGGAGAUCAUGCGACGAACCGUCGUUUCAGCAUCACAAAUACCAUUCUUACAAGCUGGCAUGUCUGGCUGUCGUUCUAUCUUCAACGUGACAAUUGGAUCACCAUGGAUCCCCAACCACCGACGCCACAGUUACCGAUGUCGGAGAUUCAAGGCAAGGAAGGAGAGGUUCGCUGGACAGCCUAUGUGCUCGAGCUCUAUACGCAGUUCUUGACUAAAUAUUUGCGAUCCAAUCAUCAUCGAGAAAGCCCCUCCCAUACUGAAGUUCAGAAUCGGCUCAAAACGCUUGAACGUGCUUCGAACAUAUUUCAAAUCAGUUCAGCGAGUCCGGACCAUGAUCGUCAGAUUCAUUCUGGGAUCGGUCAACGCGCACACAUCGUCGCUCUGUAUCAUGAAGUACUCAAGAUCCAGUUGUUCGCCACCCAACUGCCGCAAUCCAUCCAGUUCUUUUUAAACGAUAAUCGGAUCGGGAAUAAACCCAUAGCUCCGGAUACCGUGAUGCAUGACCAAGGAGUCAACACCAGCACCGUCCCCGACAAAUUCAAAGAUCUUGAUCGAUUCUCUUUCGCCACGCUCGAAAAGACGAUGCAUUCCGCCAAUCAUCCUGCGCUCCAAGUAUGCAUUUCUGCGGCGAAUGCCAUUAUCGAUCUGAUCCACCAAGACAUCACUCAACAUCAGGAAACCAAAUCCCACUUUCCCACGUGUCAAUCCUGUUCCUUGUUUUAUCCUCUCUGUUUAGCAGCUUCCGUUCUCGUGUUUACUUUCCGUCAACAAAAAUUCACGCCUGUCAAAGAAUCCGCUAAACCGACCGAUCACGAUACGACGACAACAUGGGUCUCCCUCUUUCAUCUUCGCGAUGUCUUGCGACAUUUCACCGUCCAUAAAGAGGUGGCCAAUAUGCUAUUUGUGCAAUUGUCGCGGUCGCUGGUAGUCACCGCAAAUCCACCCUGGCAGCAAGCCAUCAAUGAAGUAAGAACAAACAAGUACAAGCCAGCACCCAUGGUCGAUACACCGUCGUCCACUUGGGUUUCGAACCUGUCGGACGAAGCGCUGACAUCCAUGAUUGUGCCGACCCAAGGCCGGUUUAUGAACCAAGCAAGCAUGUCAUUUCCUCCGCUCGACGUGGUGUCUCGAGCGGAUGUCGACCGAGAACAGUUGAACAAAUUAUCACACAACAUGAAACCGGCUCAUCACCAUGGUCUGUCCGUGAAAGCACUGUCAGGCCGGAAACGCUCGGCCGUAUCCCGCACUUCGGGGAAUCACGACGGGUCGUUGGGUCAGAAACGGGACUAUUUCUCCAGUACAUUCCCAGAUUCGACCAUGCCGCAAGCCAACUUGACUCCAGUCCCGACCAGCAAAAAGCUCUGUCCAGACAGAACCUUUGAUCACGAUACGCUGAUGCGUGGACGGCGUCCAUACGAUCUUGCCAUCGAUUUGAAUCCUCAUCCACACGUAUCGAAUGACCCUUCGGCCGCAGCGCUUCAUAUGUAUACAAACGAGUAUCUGAUGAUGCUUCCAAUGCAACAUCAAUUGGAAUCCUCUGAUCCCAUUUUCUAUACCACGACCAUGCCCCACCGUGACCGGGUCGUUGUACCGCCCACUCCGGGCAGCAGUAGCAGUAGCAGCGGCAGCAGUUUCAAUACAAUGAUCACACCGAAAUUGCCACUUCCACAGCCCACAUUGCAAAACACAACAUCGAAAUACUAUUCGUCUCGACAAAUGCGGUAUUGGAAUGAAUGCUUCACAUCGUCUGUUAGAGAAACGUUGCACAAUGGACCGUCGAUUCCAUUGGAAUCAUCGUUUGGUACCGCUCUUUCCAUGAGUUUGAAUGUGGAUGAUCCAUCCACCUUGGAUCCUACAACGGCUCUGGUCUCCCCGUCGACAGGCCAGCCGUCCAUUGAUGGAGACAACGAUCAGGGAAUGGUAUUUUUAUUCAAUGGCACGGAAGAGCAGUCCUUGUUGAAUAGUCCUCCCAGCUGGAUCUCCUCUCAAAUCGAGCAACUGAGAAAAUCGACCACAGACAAGGCAGACCCACGGUCAUUGUCACAACAGACGUCUUCUGGGGAUGCCGAAGAGGAUAAGGAUCACACGCAUUCCACGGCACAGACUCCGUCUCCAUGGUCUACCUUUUCAGCCGUUAGCAUUGCCACCCAAACCCAAGCCUAUGCAUCCUCGACUGUGCUGAUGGACACCAUCGUCUCCCCUUCCGUCACAUCGACCACCCCACGAACCGUCGAAGGACCGUCCGUCGAUGACAGCAAUACCAUGUUUACGCAGGACAAUCACUGGAUCAGCACAAAGAUAUCCGAUGGUGAUGUUCUGUCGUGGAACUAA